CCUCAUUCCCGCUAGUCGGCGAGUGCCUUAUACUAAAGACAAGCUUUUAUAUUGGAUAAUAGAUAGCAUUCUAGUGUCGUAAUUCACUGAUCAAACAGCUAUUCGUUUUGAGAGACUAUAUAUGCCAGCAGUAUGUCUAAUUUUGAGCUUUCUAGAUCUGAUUUACUCGAGUUGUGUGCGUCUGAAUACAACAUGCCCGAGUUAAGCGAUCGAGUUUUGGUGUUUGAUGUUAUGCACGAAGGCUGGGGAACUACACGCCUUCUGGAAAACAUUUUAACGACUGCGCCAAACGAAGUGACUGCCUCAGGCGAAUAUCAAGGAAACGAACUUCAGCAAUCUGAGGACUUGAACGACCCUUUAUCAGAUUCUCUCGAGAAAUCCAACACGCCAGUGUUACACCGAAUCCCUGAACGUCUUCUACGGCAGCAUAAGAUAUAUGUGCAUAGCUUCUGGCUUUCUAUUCACAGUUCUUAUUUUCGAUCUCUCUUUCAUUCGAGUGGCAUGAAAGAAAACCAAGAGAAACAAGUGCAUAUGAAAAUCUCGGAGUUGGAAGAAAAUGCGCAUCUGGUCCUCAUCGAAGCUAUCUACCGUGAUGACGUUUUGGGUGACAAAACUGCGGACGAACAGCUGGCUGUUUUAGAGUUGGCCAGCAAAUACGACCUCAAGUUCGUUUUUAAGAAAUGCAAAUAUAUCCUGCAAACGAAUCCCAUUCCGUUCGAGAUAAGUACGAAAAUAAUGCAUGUGAUUAAUGUGAAACAUAACAUGAACGAUGUUGGAGACUUAGUAGAAAUUUUACAGCCGAUCCUUGUCAAGGAAUUUAGUCCUCUCGAUGAGAAUUGGCAAUCUGAUAAAUUUACCAGUCUGUCAGAAGUUUGUCUAGAAUAUGUACUAAGCAGUGAUGACUUGAUUGUCGCAUCAGAGAACACAGUAUUUCAUGCGUUGAUGUAUUGGAUGGAGCAGAAUGAUGUAGACCCUGCUAGUUUGGAAGAAACAAAUGAUCUUCUGGCUGUUGUGCGGUACAAGCUGGUGGCAAUUGACUAUCUUUAUAACGUGAUCAAAAACCAUCCCAUUGCGUCAAAGAUGCCAAAGUUUAGCGAGUUCUACCAUGGUGGUUUGACGUAUCAUGCAUUACCUUCCGAGCAAAAGAAGCUGUUCCAAGAAAAACCUGUAACAAGAAAGAAACCAGAAGGACCAAUUAUCCAGCACACUUUCGUUGUUGAAGAAGAGGACUUUAAAACUGCAGUAGAAAAUGGAAGCGAGUUAAACUCCGAAAAGUUUUGGGCAUGUGGUUACCGGAUAAGUGUGGGUAUACAACCAUCGUCAAAUGAUAUAUUAUAUCCUUAUAUGAUUGUCCAUAACUUGAACAGAGAAAGUUAUGUUCCACUUAAGUUUACGUUUCUCAAAGAAAGGGAAACCCAAAUUAACUAUUGCCCCUGGAAAGAGAAAGCUUUUAAAGCAAAUUCUUGCAGAGAAAACUAUCUAAGAAGCUUUACACGAGGAUAUUUUGGAAAUACGAUUCACACGUUGUACGUAGCAGUAACUUUGCAGUAACCUUGGGACAAGCGUUACUGAAUAUUCUGUAAAAUGUACUACCUGUAUAAAGUAAUAAUGUUGCCUUGCAGGCGGUCUAUGCUAUCAAAGACAAAGUUGCUUUGAUCAUUGUAUGCUUUAUUAUUUUUCUUUGUGGUAGUUAACCGAUUUUAAAGCCACACUUUUAUAUCAAACGUUUUUGCAUUGAAGUUUAAUAUCACAUAAAUUUUUCAUGUAAACAAGCAGACUGUUUGACUGCAAUAGUUGUACACUUCGUAUCAGUAAAACUAUAUUAAUAAAUCAUAACGCGU